GGUUUUGUUGGGGGGGUUUCCCCCUUUCUUCUGCCUUUCAAGAGGGGGACACAAGGCAAGAGUCUUCGCGCUGGGGCCCUGCCCCCUGCCCUUCUCCCACCUCGCCUACCCCUCCGCCUAUGUGGCUGCCAAAAUCCACCUCCCCUGUCAAGGGGAGGAUUGGGCGGGAUUACUGAGUCCGGGAGGUAUUCUGGCCUUGAAGGACUUUUCUCUUUUGUCUUGCCCAGGCAAAUGGGGAAUUCUAACAGUUCUAUAGCUCGCAGUGGGGUGGGGACAAUACAUGCCUAAGGAUCUGGUCGGUAUGAGAAAUGACAUGGAAAAGGGAAUGAAUUGCGUUCAACAUCAUUUGCGUAGGUUAAUUAUGUAGUAUGUAUGGUUUAGCUGAGUUAAUAUUGCUCUAGGACCUUAACUCUUGCAAACGUGAGAAUUAGAAGGCAACGUUAUAGUUGCAUUAAGAUAAAUAUUUGCUGUUUAUAAGCAUUUGCUGCCAUGUAAGAGUAGUGGGUGAUUCAUUACACCACAGAUAUGUAGCUGUUCCCCACCAGAUUCGCAGUUAAUAUACCUGAGGUAUAUCUCCAACUGCUAGAAUCUGAAAUCCUGUUCUGUUGGGUUUAAGGAAAUAAGCAUCCCUGAUGGUCCUCCCCCUUAUCCCUAGAAACAUCUCUAAGCCUUUGAAGGCCUUGGGAAAAACCUUUUUUAACCCUAUCUACCACCUUGUCAGUAUGAUUUAUCCUGGCUAGUGUAAUGGUGCGUUACUGCGUUAUGCCAGACAAAGUAAUAACCUACUUUUUGUUCUGGAUUUAAUCCGUAUAAGAAAUGUUAUAUGCAGUGAAUACAUGGGGGUUGGAACAAGGACCAUGUUUGUCUUGGGAUGCCUUUCUUUGAGUUAUGCAAACUUCCUUUUAAUUGUCAUGCAUUUUUCUAGUAAAAGCUCUGCAAGUCUGCAAUAAAAAUGGCCUCCAAUAAAACUACAUUGGUGCGUGGAAGAAACUGCAGUAAUGGAAUGCUCCUAGCAUGUGUCCUGUUCAAUAGUUACGGGUUAUUGUUGAGUAUUUUGCUUAUUGUAGCACUACGCUAUAAACUUCGCUGCCAUCAGUUUCUCCUUGGUUUUUUGGAACAGCACAAAAUGGGAAAGAAACAGAAUGGCAAAGGUAAAAAAGUUGAAGAGGCAGAGUCUGAAGAAUUUGUUGUAGAGAAGGUCCUGGACAGACGUGUUCAAAAUGGAAAGGUGGAAUACUUCUUGAAGUGGAAAGGAUUUACAGAUGCUGACAACACAUGGGAACCUGAAGAGAACUUAGAUUGUCCAGAGCUAAUUGAAGCUUUUUUGAACUCUCAGAAAGCUGGUAAAGAAAAAACAGACGGUGCCAAAAGAAAAUCUUUGUCAGAUAGUGAAUCUGAUGAUAGUAAAUCAAAGAAAAAACGUGAUUCUGUUGAUAAACCAAGAGGGUUCGCAAGGGGUCUUGCUCCUGAGCGGAUAAUUGGGGCUACGGAUAGCAGUGGAGAGCUUAUGUUCCUCAUGAAAUGGAAAGGCUCUGAUGAGGCAGAUCUGGUGCUGGCCAAAGACGCUAACAAGGAGUGUCCUCAGAUCGUAAUCGCUUUUUAUGAAGAACGACUAACUUGGCAUUCAUGCCCAGAAGAUGAAGCACAAUAAUUGUUUGCAUUGCUUUUUUUAUAUAUAAGAAUAUUAAAACCUAAAGUUUGAUUUAUUAGCAAUGUGAGAAGCAUACAUUCUAACAAGUUUCGAAUUUGAUAUUUUUUUGAAGUAGUAUGUUUUGCAUCAACAGCAAGUAAAUAAAAGCUUUCUGCAACUUGUUUCAUUUAUCACAAGAGAGCAUUUGAUACUACUACUUCCUCCAUAUUAGGUAAAAGCUUUUAUAAAACAUGGAUGAACUUCCAUAGUUAUUACAGGAUCAUAAUGAAUGUCUAAACAAACUCACAGAUGUUUUGUAGUCUUCUGUACUAUUGAUGUGCAUGUAUCUUCUUUACCCAAACCUAGCCCUUUAAACCCCUAGGGUCAUUCUUUUUAGUAUUUGGGAUCGCUUGGUCUUCAGAAGACUAGGUGAAAACUAACUUUGUAGUAAUUUGAAUGUUAUCAGACUUGUUAUUAUAUUGUUACUUAUAUUGUUUACUUUAUUGUAAAUACUGGUGAACAGUGGUCAAUAAAAUAGUUUUAUAUUCUUCCUUUAUACUGA